GGCUUGCGCCGUGCUUGUAUCCAGCUGGGAGCUAGCUAAUGAGUAGGGUUAAGGAGAUCUUACCUGACAGCGUAAAGACGACUUAAUAAGAUUUUCUUGUCAAAUUAGGCAAGACUGUGAAGGGACUCGGACAUGUUUGAGAGGGACGAAACGUCUCCACAGGCCCCCGCGACAACGGAAUACUGCGCAGAGUUGCAGCAGUGGAUGUGGCAGUAUUACUGUUGGUAUGCCAACUGGCAGAGCUGGGUGGCUCUGUCAGCCUUCCCAUGCCCUCCUCCGUGGAGUUUCCCUCCGCCGGGGACAAGCGCUCAGACACCAGGUGCACCUGCGUCGACCUCCGGAACUGGGCAGCAGGCUUUUGACACGCUGAACCGGUACAGUUACCCUCAUCCCCUCGGUUACCCCGCAUCCUACCCUCAACAAGGUGGCCCCCAAACGGAGCAGACCUCAGCUACUGAUGCCCGGCCAUCCCAGCUCCAGAACGGGAAUCCACCUCAGGCAGGACGGGAGUACACCAUCCCCUCUCUCCUCCAGAGGUUCCUGGCUGAGGCGGUGGACUUCUUCAUCCUGUUUUCUGUGAGAACCACCAUUGUUCUGUGGAUCAUGCAUCUGAGUGGAAUGAAAUCCAACCUCACACAGGCUUCAUGUCUUUCCAUUGCCAAAUUAAUUUCCAACUUCAUUGUGGAGGAGAUCGACGAGAACACGUCCAUGGAGGACCUGCAGAAGAUGAUGGCUGUUGCUCUCGUCUACAGGGUACUAGUCUGCGUCUACGAGACCAUUUGUAUUUGGGGCGCUGACGGUGCCACACCGGGGAAGUUCCUGCUCGGCCUGCGGGUGGUGACGUGUGACACAUCCACUCUGGUCCGACCAAACCGAGUCCUUGUCGUCCCAGCAUCUAAAGUCUCCCUCUCUGCCUCGGCACUGCGGGCCCUUAAUAAGUACUUCUCCUUCGUGUUCCUCCUUCCCGUCUUCAUCACUCUCCUCUUCUUCCAGCACAACAGGACUGGGCAUGACAUUGUGGCCGGGACCAUUGUUGUCCAGCGCAGAGGGGGCAGAUAGCCUCUGCUCAGGCAGCAGACUCUUGUUCUUGGCUGGGUAAUUAAUUGAAAAGGCGCGACAAGCCCAUGUGUGCCGAGUGUCUUAAAGUUUAAACCAGUCACAAAUGAACUAAACGAAAGCAAUGCACUGGCCCAUUUCUUCACUGGCUCUAACAAGGACAGCACUUUAAAAUGUGACUCAUACGGGUUUAGGCCUCGGUCAUUGGAAUCAAAAGAAUCCCGCUUUACAUCUUUUGGUGUACGUCGUUUUUUUGUUUGUACCACUGAUUCAACAAAUAAGUUGUCACUAAACACUCAAGUAUUGGAUAAGUGCAAAAUAGGGUGCUUACUUUUUUUUUUUUUUUUGCGAAUAUCUCGAGACUUUUCCUCAUGAUGUGAAUCUUUAUAAUAUAUGUGCUGUGUCAUAUGCUGCUUAUUUAUUUGUGGGGAUCUUAAAGUCCUUAUGUGUGGGAUUAAAUUAUUCAUCUUUUACAAACGACAACAAUUUGACAUUUUUAUAAUCACAAAUUGAAAAAAGGGCUUUACAUGUAAGAUUAAACAUGAUUUGGUUCUAAAAGCAGCAUUUCCUUUUAUGCAUUUUUCUUUUCUUCAAGGUAAUUAUUCUCAUAAUUCUUUGUUUUACAUUUUAAUUAUUCUUAAGCACUGACUGAAGAAAGUGAAUGCCAGGCUUGUCUGCAUCUAUUCUUUGUGCCUUUUUUAGAUAUUUUGAUGAAGUAUUGUUUUAUUAGAAAUGUGACGAUAAACCUUUUUUUCCCCACUGUGUGUAUGAGGUUCAAACAGAAGUGAUUGUGUUUGUCAAUUCCCUGCUCAUAUUUCCUGUCUUCAGAUUUGUGACUCAGGGAAACUGUUUUGCAUAACAGAACCGCUGAGUGUCUGAACUGCACUAAAUGGCUCUGCUCAUGUCAGAUUUCUACUUGACAUGCAUUCUGU